AUCAUGUUCAGCAGGUCGGGAUACCAGGCGCUUCCCUUGGGAGACUUUGAUCGCUUCCAGCAGUCCAGCAUUGGGCUCUACGGUGCCCAGAAGGGCUUCUUCUCCUUUGGAUCCAAGGAAGACCCUCUGGGACCGGCUGGGAAUACCACAGACUCCUCCCAGGGUUGGCUGUCCUGGAUCUGCCAUGGGAUUAUCACCUCCUUGGUUUUCUUGCUGAUGGUCCUCACCUUCCCAAUCUCAGGAUGGUUUGCCUUGAAGGUUGUGCCCACCUAUGAGCGAAUGAUCAUCUUCCGCCUGGGCCGCAUCCGGGCACCCCAGGGACCUGGUCUGGUCCUGCUGCUGCCCUUCAUCGACCACUGGCAGCGAGUGGAUCUGAGGACAAGGGCCUUCAACGUGCCCCCUUGCAAGCUGACCUCCAAGGAUGGAGCAAUCAUCUCCAUGGGUGCUGACGUCCAGUUCCGGGUGUGGGACCCUGUGCUGUCCGUCAUGGUGGUGAAGGACCUGAUCGCUGCCACCCGGAUGACAGCCCAGAACGCCAUGACCAAGACCCUGAUGAAGAGGAGCCUCCGGGAGAUCCAAGGGGAGAAGCUGAGGAUCGGGGAGCAGCUGCUGCUGGAGAUUAAUGACAUGACCAAGUCCUGGGGCCUGGAGGUGGACCGGGUGGAGCUGAGCAUGGAGGCUGUGCUGCAGCCACCCCGGGAGAACCUGGUGGGCCCUCUGGCCACCAUGCCACCUGUGCCUGGGCUGGAGGGGCUGGAUGGCACCAUUCAGCAGCUGGCUGCCCACUUCUUCAGCAACCCUGUGGCUCUGGCAGGCGGUGGGAAGGGCGCUCCAGAGGCAGCAGACAGCGUGGAGAUGGUGAAUGAGGUGGAGCCUCCCACUGCUGCCCUCCUCUCCGCCGCCAGCGGCAGCCGGAGGAAGCCCAGCACGGAGGAGCUGCUCUCAGCAGUGGAACCUGUCCUCUCUGAGGCCCUGGUCAGCCAGGUGGCAGCUUCCUACCAGGUCAACAUCACCCUGCCCAACGGCACCAGGAGCACCUACUUCAUAGACCUCUCCUCAGGCAGCGGGCGAGCCGGGCACGGCAUGCCCCAGGGCAGCCCUGACGUCGUUCUGGAGGUGGCAGAGAAAGACCUGCAAGACCUCUUCUUGGGUGACCUGAGCCCCUUGAAUGCCUACAUGAGUGGGAGGCUGCAGGUGAAAGGGGACCUGCAGCUUGCCCUGAAGCUGGAGGAGGUGGUGAAGGCGAUGAAGCAGCGUAGAUAGAGCACGUCUG